AUGAAUUUGGAAAGAUUAGUUGACGGCAAACAGAUGAUGCAGCAUGGUAAUAAGGUGAGCUUGCCUCCCAUAUCAAACAUUUUAAUGAACAAGGCGAAUACACCACCUCCCGUUGCUACGGUGAGUUCAAUUCCACCAUUACACACUACAGCAAUGGCUGCGGCCUCUGCUGUACCUGUUCAUGGUCCAUCUGUGUCAUAUGCUAACUACGGGUACACAACAGAUCCAUACCAGCAUAACUAUAAGUAUUAUGAAUACCACAGGCAGCUGCCACCACAGAGCGCAUCUAGCCAACCUUCAGUUAGUUACAUACAAACUGCAAAUGUACCGCUGCUGCUUCCACCUAUAUCUCUGGUGCGUCAACCUUACAAGUCAGCUUCAAUUCUGACUCUGAGUAGUAAUGGAAGUCCAGAUAUAAAGUCACUAAGAAGAAAAACCAGGAACAAUUUACCAAGAGAAACUACAUAUAUUUUACUUAAGUGGUUAAACGAGCAUUUAAAUCACCCAUAUCCUAAUUCUUUCGAAAAGAACCAAUUAAUGGUUUCAACUGGUUUGAACCAACAGCAACUUUCUAACUGGUUCAUAAAUGCCCGUCGAAGGAAAGUUAAGGUACUCAAAGAACAGAAAAAGCUUUCUGGAUAA